AUGAGUCAAUCUAGUGUGCAAGGAAGUUUGAAACCCAAUAGUGAGAGUUCACGAAGAGAGGAGAUUGAGCAAAAAUUUCAACAAAGGGAUAGAGAGAUUAGUGAACUCAAAGAAAUGAUUGGUCAACUUUUGGUCAAUCAAAACAAGGGCAAAAGGAUAGAAGGAACUUCAUCUAGGAGAAAAGACUAUCAUGGGGAUACAUUCUCUUCCCCAAGUGAAAAUGAACAAUAUAGUAGUCAUCACAAUGAUUAUCACUAUCAAAUACCUCCUAGGAGAAAUCAUAGAGUUAGGGAUCAUCACCCAAGAGAACCCAAAAUUGAUCUUCCUUCCUUUCAUGGAAAGGAUGAUGUGGAAGAAUAUCUAGAAUGGGAGAUGAAAGUUGAGCAAUUGUUUGAGUGUCAUCAAAUAGAUGAUGAGAAGAGAGUAACCAUGGCUUCACUAAGCUUUCAAGGUUAUGCUCUAUAUUGGUGGGCAGCCUUGGUCAAGGACCUUAGGCUAAGACAUUUACCUCCCAUUAGGUAUUGGAAUGAGUUAAG